ACAGAGAGGCCAGUGUUUUAGGGAAGAAAGAGAUUCAGUCUCUACAGAGAGUGUAGGUGCAGAGAGAGAGAAGAAAGAGACGGAGAGAGAUAGUUACACUGAGAGAGAGAAGGGCAGAAAGCAGAGAGUGAUCGAGAAAGAGAAGACAGGAGGAAAUAGAUAGAUAUAGAUAGAUAAAGGGAGAGAGAGGAAAAAGAAAGUUAAAUUGAGAGAGAGAAGGGCAGAAAGUGGACAGUGAUCAAGAAAGACGGGACAGGUAAGUAGGUAGAUAGAUAGAUAGAUAGAUAGAUAGAUAGAUAGACAGACAGAGAAGGGUAGAAGACGGGAAGAGCGAGAGAUUGAGAGCGAUUUUCUGAAAGGAUGGAGCUGGACAGUGCUUUUGGCCGACGGCGUCAGACGGGGAUGGAUGAUCAGGACAGGGUGAGUCAGGCAUCCAGCAUUACCACAAUAUCCUCACUAGCAUCCAGACACAGGGGUGAUGAGAAGGUUCAGACGUUUGGUAAAAGAUGCCGAGCGGUGAAGAGAGAUCCAAACUGCCCCGUGGUGAUCAGAGGCUGGCUGUUUAAACGAGACAGUGCAGGCCUAAAGCUGUGGAAGAGGAGGUGGUUUGUUCUCUCUGAUUACUGUCUCUUCUACUAUAAAGACAGUAGAGAGGAGUGUGUAUUGGGCAGCAUUCCUCUCCCCAGCUAUAAGAUCCUCUUCUGCUCUCCCAGAGAGUGCAGGAACCGGAAAUACGCUUUUAAGGUGGUUCAUCAGGGAAUGCGUUCCUAUCUGCUGAGUGCUGAUACGCAGGAGGACAUGCUGGGCUGGGUCAGAGCUCUCAGCCAGUCAGCAUGCAUGGAGACAGACGGCAUCAUCAACAGGAGAUGUACCAGCUACCAGGACUUCACUCAGCUAGGGGGCAGCAGUGAGUCGGUGGACGGGGCCACCCUGGGCUCCACACAGGCCUGCAGGGGUCAGACAGAGAUGUGUCAAUCGGAGGGGCCACCAGGGGAUGUUCCAGACCAGCGAGGGAGACACAGAGUGAGACAGAGCGCUCCUGAAACCCGAGCUCGAUCGUUCAGCCUGGACCGGACAGCUGAAGAGCACUUGCUCCCUCCUCCCCUCACCCAGGCCUCAUGCCCUACCACUCCGAGGGCUUAUUAUGGGUCGCGACCUCACACCCCGGUGGGCAGGGUCGACAUGCGGCCUCAGGACAGCCAAUCAGCUGUUCCGCCGUCUCCUAGCAAUGGACAGGGCUCAGACAGGUGGCACAGCCAGGACUAUUCUGAGUGUUAUCCAGCAUUCCGCAGAUCCGCAGUCAAGGGAAGUCACUCGGACCAGCUGCCCCCACUGCCCCCCUCCAGAGUUAACCACAAUCCUCAGCUCCAUCACAGCCACGUGCCUGUGUGCAUGUAUCCACCAGCUACGCAUGUACCGAGUGAGAGAGACAGCCAGACACUCGCAGCCCUACAGGGAGACACGGAUAUGGUGCUCACUCGUUUGUGUGGGUGUGAUAAGCUGCUGCAGGCUCUUUCAGAAGAACUAGCUCACCUACAAGCAGAAAAGGAGCGUGCUCAGUUUGCACUGGAGAUGACUCGUCUACAGCUGGACGAGUGGCAGCUGGAAGAGCAGGAAGUAUCCCAGAAGACUCUGCUGCAGGAUGAGCUGAUUACCAUCAGAGCCAGAAUGUGUGACGUGUCACUGGAGAUGGAGAGGGUGUGGGUGGACUAUGAGCGGAUGGAGAGUGAGUUGUGUGUGUUUCGAUCUCAUCUUCAGCACAUCUGUCAUUUUGGACUUCCACAGGAGCGUUCUCAGGCUCAGAGGCAGUUGUGGAUGAUGGAGGAUAUUCUCUGUGGGCUGAAGGGUAACAGGAGCCGUUUCAGGAUCAUGCUGGGCUUACAGAGACCAGUGGUUCUUCCUCCUGUAUUUCAGAACCCAUCAGUCCAUCCUGUGGAGAACAUGCAGUACAUGGGGGAGGAGCCAGAGGCACCAUCCCGCCCACCAUUACCUCACAACCUGCAAGGCACCAAUCACAGCGCAGAGCUAAGGCCUGGGUGGGCAGAGCCAUGUCCUAAGCCGGUGUUCUGCAGUUCUCCAUUAGAUCCUCCGAGCUGCAGCUCCUCUCACUCCUCUACACUCAGAGACACACACACCUCAGAAGCUCACUCAGCCUGUGGAUGGGUGGAGUCUGGUCCAUCUUUAAAGAAGGGGAUGAUGACGGAGGUGGAGAAGAGGGACAGGAGGCCGAGACAUGACCACAGAUCAGCCAAUAAGAGUAAACAUCAGGAAAACUCGGCCAAUCAGACAAGCUCAGCCCCAAACCGUGACGAUAAGCCACGCCCCCUUGCGGACGAUAAGCCCCACCCCCUGGCAGAUGAUAAGCCCCGCACCCUAGGGGAUGGUCAGCCAUCUCCUCUGCGUGUGCUUCGGGUGGUCAGCGCUGUUCUGCCCUCGUCUCUGACCGCCCGGCGAGUGUGCGUGCAGGACCCCCCGCCUGAACUGAUCCCUCCUCUGCCCGAGCAGAUUUACACACUGACCACCGCACCGGGCGCCAGGAUGACCCCAACUAACACAAACCCACCCCACCGGCUGCUGAGUGAACAGGAGAAGCAGAGUGGGAACUGGAGGACAGCAGAGACCCCUGAAGAGAACCCGCGGGAGAGCCGACAGCACUCAGAGCGCGAUCCACACACAAGCGCUGAACACAGAGACGCUAAACGCAGACGAGUGGAACGCAUCAGAGAGAGAGUACUCAGGAGUGCAUCGAGGGCGAGCGGUAUGGAGGCAGUUCACCCUCUGAAGCUCCUCCAGACCAGAGAACACUCAGAUUCUGCCAUCCUGCAUGCUAACAGAGGCCGUAUCCAUGGCAACAGGAGCUUAAAACCCCGCCCAUCUGCGGAGGCGUGUCAGAGAGAUGAAGCCGAAGACCCUCCUUUAGUUCAGGUGGAGAGUUCUUCCACCAAUCACAUUUCAACACUUACUGUUGAGUCUCAGGGAGCCAAUCACGCAGCUCAGAGUUUAGCGAAACACAACUCAAACUGCUCCGCCUCCACCAAUCAAAGGACAGAGUGGUUUCUGUCCACCAGCCAAUGGCAGGAGUUUAUUCCCAUCAACAUUCAGGAUGAAGAGCAGCCGCUUCCCACUGCAGCCAAUCAGCAUUCAGAUCAACCAGCCAAUCACACGUUUAGUGAAGAUGAGCAGAACAACUCCAGUGUUCCUGAGGGUGAGUUGCAUAAAGAUGGUGGGCGGAGCCACAGUGCCCAAUCAGAAAUGCCCAAUCAAAAUCACACAGAGGAUUACAGAAGCACUGUAGCCGAUCAGCCGUUAGACUCCGCCCCCACUCAGCCAACCGUGACUCCAUCUGCCAAUCACAUGCCGUGUCUUUCUGACCAAUCAGGACUGGAGCUGCGCAUCUAUGAGGAAAUUCAUUUUGAGGAUAACGGCCCAAAAUCACCCAAGGAGGAUUGUGGGAAUGCAGUGGGCAGAGUCAAAGCACAGAACUCAAACCUUUCCACCAAUCACAGUGCUGAACCUCCUCCAACACGCAAUCAUCAGCCAGCAUCAGAGACUGGAGAAGUUGAGAAGAAAGAAGCAGAGACAGGAAGUGAUGUCACCAAUGGUGCAAAAACAAGGCAGCCGGUCUAUAGCUGUGUUAUUAAGAACUCAGUAACCAAUCACAGCCCUCCGUUUCUCAAGCCACGUGUUACUGUGGUGAGCACCAGCCUAUAGAGAUUGCUGCGCACAGUGAUGUUAUAAUAAUAACACUAACAGUAAUAAUAAAACAUUAAUAGUCAUAAUAAUAAUAAUAAUAAUAAUAAUAGUAAGAAGAAGAAGAAGAAGUAGUCGUGGGUAAUAACAAUCAAAGUCACAGUGAAUACAGUGUAAUAUAUUAAAAUGUGUGUAUGAUACUAAAAGUGAGUGUUAUUUAAACAGCCAGCAAAGUUUUAAUGAAAAAAAAAAA